AUGGUUCUGGAACUUCAUGUCUGGGGUCCGGCCUUUUCAUUGCCCUCGAUUGAGGCGCAAUGUCUUGCGGCCAUUGCUUAUUUCUCCCUUGCAGUGCCCAAGGACGCGUGGGUGCUGAUUGCGAGCAGCGAUCCUUCCGUGUCUCCGACUAAUGAAUUACCUGCUGUGAAGAAUGGAACGACAUGGGUGAGCCGGUUUCGGAAUAUCGUUGACUACCUGCGUCAAUACUCGAACGGGGCAUGGGAUUUGGACAGGGACCUGAGUGGCAUUGACCGGGCGGACAAUAUCGCGUUUUCGUCCUUUGUAGAAUCCCGCGGCCAGCCUCUCCUCGACCUGUCUCUCUAUGUCUCCAGCGAAAACUACUACAACCGGACCUCACCCGCCUACGGCGCCAUUCUGCAGUGGCCGAAUCAAUGGAUCAUCCCUCCGAGGCUGCGCUCGGCCGCAAAGAGCCGUACAGAACACCUGGGUCUCUCAUCGCUAGACCUCCAGGCGGCGGAAGACCAACGGAAACGGGAACACUCGGCCGCCGUCGCUGCAGGCCAGAUACCCAAGAACCUCGUUCAACGGCCACGCGACACAGUCUCAAGUCUCCUGGGAAAGACCCCCCAGCAAAACCAAUUCAAGCUGGAAGCCCUCACGGCGGAGCUAUUCGAGCCCCUCGAGGAGAUUCUAGGCCAGAAAACCUACCUUGUCUCCGACGGCGACGCAACAAGCGUCGACUGUCUGGCGCUCGGCUACCUGGCACUCAUCCUUGUCCCGGACCUACCGUACUCGUUCCUCCGCAACGCGAUGCAAACUAAAGCCCCACGUAUCUCGACAUACACCGAGCGCCUGCGCCAGCGCUGCUACGGCACCGUUGGCGUCGAGGUCGCGCAUGCCUUUGAUGAGGCACGGAGAUCCGUCACAGAUGCCACGCCGUUGCCCUGGCAGCCUGCGCAGCGCGCCAAUCUCGCCACCGUCUGCAGCACGCUCCUCAACACCCUCGCCGACGCAACCCCGAUCCUCAAAGACAUCCGCUCGAGCGAGCGCUUACGACAGGCGGCGCAGUCGCCUGACUCGGGGUUGUCGGGGAUAGAGAGCCGCGCCUUGUCCGAGUACGCCUCCGGGCAGAAGAAAGACAUGCUUGUCUCCAUCGCGGCUGUAGCGGGCGGCGUCGCCGCGCUGAUCGGAUACAUGGUGCAUGUGGGAUUUAUCGAAAUCAGUUUCGGGGGCGAAGAGGGGCAAUGGGAGGAGGAAGGGCAAGAGGGAGAAGAGGAGGGAGGUUCGGAAUUCGCGCUCCCUGAGCUGCCCACAUCGGUCUCUGCCACCGAGUUUCUGGGAAUUUGA